CCGAGUGCCACCUUCAUGAUUGACACGUGCCGCACGGAGGAGAAGGUGUUCAAGAUUGCCACCAACUACAAGAUGCCGACGCUGCAGCCCCGCAUCGGUUUCAGCAUCGACUCGAUAGUCGGCAACACAACGCCCGCCAAAUCACCGCCGUCCCCACCGCACACCAUCACCAAACCGGAAACGGUUACCGGUGGUCCGGGCACGGGUGGUAACGGUGGCCAUCCGACCCAACGCACGCCGAGUCCGCUCGCGUCCGAAAGCUACUCGGUGCGGUUAAACCGGCUCCAGAGCCUAUCGCCACCGCACAACUACAGCAUCACGCGCCUUCCGGAAAGUCCGCAAAGUCUCGAAGGAAGUCACGCCAGCGUUCGAUCGCUCGAAGCACUACAGUCACGCCUUUCGCCCCCGGUUAGCCACUCCAGCCCCGGCGCCGUGCCUCUCUCGCUUAAACGGCCCCGCAGCCCAUCGCCACCCGCCUCACCUCCACCACCGCCGCCGGGUGUUGGGAUGGGUGUGGGACCGCAGGGUGGACCACCGCCACCCGGACCGAUCGUAGUGCCCGGUUUACCGCCCGGUCUUGUACGCCCAUUCCCGGUCAGCCCUUCACAGCCACCCGCACACCCUUCGCACCCAGCGGGACCGGGUCAACCGGGCCAGACGGACAUUAAAUCGUUGCCACCGUUUCUGCACACGCCCGAGAUGGUGCAGGCGGCUCAUAAUCAACACUUUCUGGCGGCACAGUUUCAGGCGGCGGCAUUGGCGCAUGCACAGGCUGGCCAGCCGUUCCCACCGCAUCCGGCCACUGCCCAUCUGCACAAUCCGAACCUGCCACCGCGGGAUAGCUAUCCGCUGUAUCCGUGGCUGUUGAGCCGCCAUGGACGUGGUGUGUUCCCGAUUGGAUUCCCUGGAAACUACCUCAUACCGUUCCGCAAGUCGAAGCGCGUCCGGACCGCUUUUUCACCCUCGCAACUGCUCAAGCUGGAGCAUGCCUUCGAGAGCAACCACUACGUCGUCGGUGCGGAGCGCAAGCAGCUAGCCCAAAACCUAAACCUCUCCGAGACGCAGGUGAAAGUAUGGUUCCAGAAUCGUCGCACGAAACACAAGCGCAUGCAGCAGGAAGAGGGUGGCUCAGGAUCCGGUAAAUCAACCGACGGUGAUCAUCAGAAUCGGUCCACCUCUAGCCCAACCGGUAGCUGCGAGGAUGAGGACGAUGAGGAUGAAUUCAUCGACAUGGACGACUGUCCGAGUGAUGAGGAAAAUAUGCACCACAAUGGCUAAAA